GAACAUAAUAAAUUAGUGGAGUUUUAUAUUUUGCUCAUCAUUAAUAUUCAUAAGUUAAGCGAUCGUAAUUUGAUAAACACCAUUUAUAUUAUACUGAUAAAAAGAAUCAUGCAUCAUGGUGAAUGUUAUGAAAGGAGUUCUUGUGGAAUGUGAUCCAGCUAUGAAACAGUUCCUGUUGCACUUAGAUGAGACUUUGGCUCUCGGCAGAAAGUUUAUCCUACAAGAUUUAGAUGAAACUCAUUUGUUUAUAUCUGCUGAUAUUGUGGACACCUUACAAGCAAGAGUUGACGACUUGAUGGACCAAUUAAGCAUACCUGUACAUGAUAAGGGACUUUAA